AUGUUUGCAUGUUACCUUGGCAACACGAACUGUACACCGCACGAGUGCAUUGAGUCCGCAAAGGCUGUCAAGGCAACGGGAGCAGGACUGACUCAGACCAUCACUCAGCUGUUCAGCGAAAUGGCGACUGGGUCGAUGUCCGGAGAGUCUGUUGUGGAGGUGCCCAUGUUCGCCACAAAGGUCGCGCACACACUCAGAGACCUCAAGGGCGUCACACGCCUCGCUGCAGAGGACGAUCUCGU